AGAGGUCUAACUACAGACAUUUGGAAAAUAGAAUUUGUAAACAGAAGAACAUGAUGUUCUUUGGUUCGCAGUGCGGUGAUAUUUCUAGGGAUAUUUUAGGGAUUUUUCUGUCACUUAUCAAAAUACUGUUUAUUUUAUGAUUAUAUAAUAUAUGGUUUAUUUAUUUGAAUACAAAACUUCUUUAUUUGUUCGAAUAUUGGAUUUAAAGUAAUAUUCAUAUGUGAAAGAUAUAUUAUGCAAUAUUGACGCCUUCAAAUACAAACUUGAUUGGCCUUUGGAUCCCAUUUCCUGCAAGUUAGGCGAAACUACUUUAAUUCCCAGCUUAAUUUCUUUAGUUCCUUAUUUUCCUCAAGGACCUUGAUUCUAGUAUUUUAGAGUUAAUACAACUAUUCUUUGAUUAUUAAACAUAUGUACACAAUGGAGGAAAUAUUCGUUAAAAAAGAACCUGAAGAACCAUUCGACGAUUCCGAAGAUGGCAUUUCAAUAAAUUACAGUACACCAAGUACAUCCGCUGGCCCUUUAACCUCUGGGAUAGCAAUAAAACAAGAAAUCAAAGAAGAAUUAAAUGAUAGCCACAACUUCAUGAUCUAUGAUGAAUCAGGGGUGAAAAAAGAAUCAGAAGUGUCAACAGAUAAAGAAAAUGAUUUACAUGGAUCCAAGCAAGUCCAACCAAAAUUCAAAGGCAAAGACAAAAUGUUUCUUGACUCAGGAUCUAAAAUCAACGAUAGUGAUGAAGAAAGUGACAAUUCUGGUAAUGGAGAUGAAAGUGAAGAUUUCUCUUGCAAUAUUAAGGAAGAAGGAUGGGACAGUGACUUUACUGAAGAUGAUACAAAUUUGUUACACAAUGAAGAAAAUAAUGAGGAUAAAGCCAUGUUUGGGACAAAAAUCAAGGUGGAAUAUCAUGGAAUUCAAUAUGAUGAAUCAGGGAUCGACAGUGAAGAUGUAAAUAAAGAAAUACCGGAGAAAAUAGUCCUACCAAAAGCAGGAAAAGAAAGUCACAAGGAAGGAUGUUUAAAACCAAUAGUUGGCCAAGAAAAGUGGUUCAAGUGUGACCUAUGUCCUAAGAAAUUUCCAAGAAAGCAUGGUUUAUAUACACAUAAAAAGUAUAUUCACAAAAAGGACGAACUGGAAAAAUUCAAAUGCAUUGAAUGUGAUUACGCAACUGUAAGAAAAGGAUAUUUUAACCAACAUUUAAAAAUGCACGACAAGAACAAAUAUUUAAAAUGCCAUUUUUGUCCCUACAUCGCUGCUGAGUUAAAGACUUUAAAUGCACAUAUUAUAAGCAAGCAUAAACUAGAAAAUAAAGGACAAAAUAAAAUAAUAAUAACCAGCAAAAUACACACAUGUGCUAAAUGUUCAUACUCAACUGUUAGAAAAUCUGAUUUUGAUAAUCACAUCAAAGUAUGUCUGAAAUUAGAAAAUGCCAUAUGGUAUGACUGUCAUAUUUGCCAAUAUAGAACUAUUCAAAAAAGGAAUUUAGUUAGUCAUAUAAAAACUCAUAAUAAAAUUAAAGAAUUGAAGUGUUCUUUCUGUCAACAUCAAUGUAACAAAAAAUCUAGUUUGGACAAUCAUAUUUUAAUUAAACAUUCAGAUAUUUUGAACGAAUCUAACAAAAAUAUUAUAACUUCCAAAGUACAUGCAUGCAAACAUUGCAAUUAUAAAACUACACUUGCAAGUACUCUAAAAAGACAUUUAAAGAAUACUCAUUAAAAAUAUUUAAUUAAAGUAAUCUAACCGAAAUUACAAAGUUUAUAUUUUAAUUUUAGCCUAGUUGUUAAUAAAUUAUUAUUAUUCUUAAAUUAUUUUUUAUUUUACGCAAUUUAAAAAAAUGCGUUCAAUUUCAAGCAUCUACAGUUUGUUAUUUAUUGUGCGAUUUUAACCGGAUUUCUUUUAAAGGGUACAUCUUGAUAAGCUGGAGUUGGAGCAAAAAACACCAUAUGUUUACAAAAAAAUCUAUGCUCGGCACUGGAUUCACCACCCCUCAAAUUUUGAGGCUCAAAACGAUCCUAUAAGUACUAAAUUUUAUUAAAAAAAAUUUAGUAGGAAUUAUUUUGUAGCUAAAUUAAAAAUGCACAAUAAUUACCAUUUACAAAAAUUUAUUGCGUCAAGUUAUCCGUGAAAAAACAUAAAACUAAUAGUAACAUGGUAUAAAUAUUCCAUAGAAACUUAAAACAACAAUAAAACAAAAAGUAGAAAAUUCAAAAAUCCUUUACAAUUAUAUUUGUUGUGGCUGCGCAGUAGGGUGGG